AUGAACGGUGAUCAAAGCCCUGGCAGUCCUAUAGAUAUAAGUGAUCGCGAACAAGCACUACUUAUGGAUCCUAUUGAUCAUGCUCGGGCUAGAUAUCCUUAUUGUAUAGUUUGGACACCUAUUCCAGUUCUAACGUGGAUAUUUCCAUUUCUUGGACACAUGGGAAUUUGCAUGUCAAAUGGUGUGAUAAGGGAUUUUGCUGGUCCAUAUUUUGUGUCUGAGGAUCUGAUGGCUUUUGGAAAUCCUACUAAGUACUGGCAGCUGUCCCCGCAGAAAACUCAUAAUGGUCAAGCUGGUUGGGAUGCAGCUGUUGCAGAAGCUUCAGAAAUUUAUAAAAAAAGAAUGCAUAUAAUAUUCUAUGACAAUUGUCACUCACAUGUGGCCACAGCAUUAAAUAUCAUGAGCUAUGAUGGUUGUAAAAAUUGGAAUAUGGUCAAACUUGCUCUCUAUAUGAUACCCUACUCAAGAUAUGUCAGCUUUGGAGCUUUUAUGAAGACAUGGUUGCCAUUUUUCAUAAUAGUUGCAUUUGUAUGUGGCCUAGCUGCUAUCAUU